GCAACACUGGCGAAAGGAGCUCGUAGUGGCAUGCUUCUCUAUUAUUUUGCUAGUGCUGUAAAAUCUAUACAAUUUCAUGUUGAUGAUGAUAUUAUUGAUAAGCUCAAUUAUUAUUAUACAACUGCUAUAAUUAUUGGCAAUUUUCAAACAAUUUUUGCAAUUCUGGUCUCAACAAAGGAAUACCUCGGUGCCCCUAUUCAAUGCUGGGUCCCAGCCACUUUUACAGAGCCCAUGGAGCAAUAUACAGAAAAUUAUUGUUUUGUUCAGAGCACCUAUUUUUUGCCGCUAAACGACUACAUUCCAAAAAUACUUUCAGAACGGGAGCAACGUCAAAUUGGCUAUUACCAAUGGGUCCCCUUUGUAUUAGCUCUAAAAGCCCUUCUUUUCUACGUCCCAACAAUAGUUUGGAGGCUUUUAAGUUGGCAAUCAGGUAUUCACGUCCAAUCCCUCGUCCAGAUGGCUUGUGAUUCGAGGCUGUUGGAUGCUGAGAGUCGCCAACGAGCAAUGCAAACAAUUGCUACAAAUGUAGAGGAAGCAUUGCAUGUAAAGCAUCAACUUGGAGGUAGUCGUAUGAGAAUGUUAAAUUUAAUUAUUUGUACGAGGAGUAGUGGGGCCGCUGUCACUUUUCUUUAUAUUUCUGUAAACAUUGUUGGCCAAAUUUUUCUGCUCAACACAUUUUUGGGUAACAGAAGUCGUUGGUAUGGCUUGCACGUUUUACAAGAUUUAAUGAAUGGGCACGAAUGGGAGGAGAGUGGACAUUUCCCUCGUGUCACACUUUGCGAUUUUGAAGUUAAAGUUUUGGGGAAUGUGCAUAGGCAUACUGUUCAGUGUGUUUUGAUGAUUAAUAUGUUCAACGAAAAAAUCUUUUUAUUUCUCUGGUUUUGGUAUUUUUUAUUAGCAGCAGCAACAUUUUGUUCCCUACUUUAUUGGCUAUUUAUUUCAAUAAUGCCUAGUCGACAAUUAAAUUUUGUUGGGAAAUAUUUGACGGGGAUAGAAGGAUAUAAAAUGGUUGAUUCCCAAUCUUUGAGACGUUUUGUCUUUCAUUUUCUACGGCAAGACGGAGUUUUUCUUUUGCGUAUGGUUGCGACACACGCGGGGGAAUUGGCUUGUUAUGAAUUGGCAAAAAGAUUAUGGGACAAUUUUAUGGGAGGAUCUCAAGAAAGAGGGACUAAAAUGCAUGAUGUUUAA